GCGCUGCGCACACAUGCGUCCAGGACUCAGUCUCUCGGUUCGUCCCGGCGCCGGUACAUCUGAAAAUGACUCGUGUUGGCUCAGCGCGUCCAUGUAAAUACGCGUAAGUGAAAGCACACGGUGCCCGCUCCCCCUGAGCCCCCUCCCUCCCUCCGUCCUCCCCUCCUCUUGGCUGUGAUCAUGUGAUGGCGUCGAAGUGGCCCAUUAAUGAAGCUUCUCUCCGGGGUCUUUCCAGCUUCUGUCUCCGCGUCCAGUCCGCACACACAGCAGAGCGGAACAGGGACAUGGGGGCAGAAGCAGGCGCUUAGCGGCGGAGGACGGGACACCUGCGGCGGCCGCUGAGGAGACGACGCAGCUCCAACUUGUGCCAACUUUUUUUUGACCGCGCGUAAAACCCGGAACCAAGGACCUUGUUAGCGCGAGCACAGCUGCAAGAGGUGGACAAAGUUUGCAAAAGUCAGGUCAGUUUUCCAGGCUCUCUGCGGACCGAACGGAUUACGGCCGGCUCGGCCCGGUCCGGUUGGGUCCAGUAAAAUAAUGCCUCGUCCGGGGAGGAACACGUACAGCGACCAGAAGCCCCCGUACUCCUACAUCUCUCUCACGGCCAUGGCCAUCCAGAGCUGCCCGGAGAAGAUGCUCCCCCUCAGUGAGAUCUACAAGUUCAUCAUGGACCGGUUCCCCUACUACCGGGAGAACACGCAGCGGUGGCAGAACUCCCUGCGCCACAACCUCUCCUUCAACGACUGCUUCAUCAAGAUCCCCCGCAGACCGGACCAGCCCGGCAAGGGCAGCUUCUGGGCUCUGCACCCGAACUGCGGCGACAUGUUCGAGAACGGCAGCUUCCUGCGGCGCCGCAAGCGCUUCAAGGUGGGCGGCGCGCAGGCCGCGGACCCGCUGGCGCCCAGCAAGCCGCAGGACGCCGCCGCGCACUACCUGCAGCAACAGGCCAAGCUGCGGCUGAGCGCGCUGCACGCCGCCGCGCACCUGCCGCAGAUGCCGGGUGGAUACAACCUGAGCCCCGUGUCGCAGCCGUCCGGCUUCAAGCACCCGUUCGCCAUCGAGAACAUCAUCGCCCGAGAGUACAAGAUGCCGGGCGGGCUGGCGGCCUUCUCCGCCAGCGGCUACCCGCUGCACAACCAGCUGGCCCCGGCCUGGCCGCACAUGUACGGCUCCGGCGUCAUGGACACCUCGGCGCCCCUCUCCAUGGCCGGCGGCGACUACUCGGCCUACGGCAUGCCGCUGAAGUCCAUCUGCCACAGCGCGCAGACGCUGCCCGUCAUCCCGAUGCCCAUCAAGCCGUCCCUCGCCUCGGUGCCGGGGCUGCCCCAGUCCCUGAGCCCCACGUCGCCGCAGACGGCCACGGGGCAGAGCAGCCCGGCCGCGCCCGGGGAGGCGCUGCCCGCCGCGGUCCUGCAGUCGGCGGUGGCGGUGCACUGACGGGGCUCGGGCGGAAAUCGAAUCAAAUUGAAAAAGGGAAAGUUCUUCUCCGGGACGCAGCGUGCGAACUCGCGCACCCGAAGCCCCGAGGAAGCCGCAGGGUGACCUCUGACCUCCGUGAAGAACUGCUUCGGUUUUAUUUCCAGAGUUUUAUCAGAAACUCGCUUCGCGAUUGUUGCUCACAUUCCUCCAGCAGCGACUCCGCUCAGCGGCUGCGCCUCUUUUGUGUUUGGAGCCUUUUCUUCUGCGUCUGAAUGAAAAGUCGCAGAUUAAUGACUUUUUAAGAAACAGUUUCUCUGAGGCCUCACACACCGUUAAAAAACUCUUUUCCCACAGAAAUUAUAAAAGCAACAACAGGAGCGUCCUCGUUAAAUGCAAACAGGCAUUUGAUAAACCAAAUAAUUAGACAUUUGUCCUGUUGAUUACUUGUAACGAUCAGUGUGAACAAUCACAGAGAAGAAGGUCAAAUCUUCUAUUUAUGUCAGUAAAAACUGGAGCUGUUUGACGUGUCUCUGAUGCACUUUUUGAAAUGAAAUAGAUGCUUUUUAUUCAGCAGCCGUGUUGGUUUAUUUAAAUUGUUGGCGUGUUUAUACUGCUGCAUGCUCAGCGUCUGAAAAAGGAAAGACUUGGCUGUUUGUACGUUUUCUGUUUUUGGCCUGAACAGCAUGAACAUGAACAAGCGGCUUUUUGUUCCGUCUGUCAUCCACCAAACUCAGCUUGUUGCUGCUUCUCUUCGGUUUCUCAUCCACGUUUUCUCUGAUUCUGUGGACGCCGGAGUCUCCGGUUCCUUUGUACAUUCACCAUGAAUCGUGUGGUUGUUGUCGUCUUCAACUCGUGGCGGGAAAUAAAACGUUUCCAGCUCUGAAAUGUAACGUGAACAGUUUUUAAAGGUGAAUUUGUUCAGUGGGAAGAUUUCAAAUGUGUCCAACAUCACAAACGGAGCUGAUGAUGAUUCUACAUAAACCAAAUCUACAGUCAAAGCUCAAUUACAUUUCUGUCGAGUGUCUGUUUCAUCCACUCAGCACGAAAUAAAGCAGCUUAAACCUUU